GUGGGGAUCCAUAGCAACCACAGAUAAACAUGAGUUACUAUAUCAGACCCUCCAGCUCGAGCAGCUUUACCUCCACCGCCACUGCCAGUUCCCUGAAUGAUGACAGCAAUAGCUUGAGACAGCAGAAGCUGGAGAAACAGGUUUUUCUACAAGAUGUUGGAGCAUGGCUGAGGGGAUUAGUGAUCAUUCAGCUACAAGAGCAUUGUUGAGAUCAGGCACUGAUGUACUGUAUGUCUGGGGAUCAGUCGGUGUUCCAGUUCAUCCCAAAGGUGUUGAGUCAGGGCUCUAUACAGGACACACCUCAACCAUAAAACACCUCACAUGGAGCUCAGGGGCAUGUAGAGUACUGCUAGAGCAGAAGCAGAGGCGAAAGCGCCAGGAGCCACUGAUGGUGCAGCCGAACCCAGAAGCUCGGCCACGCCGCUCUCGCCCACGCCGCAGCGAGGAACAGGCUCUACUUGUCGAUUCUAGACUCAGUAUCACAAACGAUGUCAUCUUUGAUGCAGGUAUUGACGGACCUGCAGCUUUUUUGGCUUCAGAGGCUUCUGAUCUGGGCACAAAGAUCCAAGUGCAGUCAGUCAGCUCAGCACAGAAUCACUCUCCUCCUCCACCUGAAGAGCCUGAGAGAGAUGGAGACACCGAAACAUUGCUGGAACCCAAAACGGACAUACACACGCUGCUACAAAGACGGGGACUCUCAGACAGCAUGAACUACGAUGAAGUCAGUGACGACGAUAACGACGAAGAAGACAGAACCAGUUCUCUUUCCCCUAAUACAGAGUCCACACGUCCUGCCUCCGCGUCUAGCACCAAGUCCAGCACAGAGUGUGUGAAUGUGGCCUCAUCCACAGCAGAAGGCCCCUCCAUUGAGGUGGACAAUCUAGAGGAAUUUGUGCUGAGACCGGCUCCACGUGGCGUUACGGUAAAGUGCCGGAUCACGCGUGAUAAGAAGGGAAUGGACCGUGGCCUGUACCCCACGUACUUCAUGCACCUGGAGAGAGAGGACGGCAAGAAGUUGUUCCUGUUGGCUGGAAGAAAGAGGAAAAAGAGUAAGACCUCCAACUAUCUGAUAUCAGUAGAUGCCACAGAUCUGUCUCGUGAGGGGGAAAGUUUUGUGGGAAAACUGAGGUCGAAUCUAAUGGGAACUAAGUUCACUGUGUAUGAUAACGGCACAAACCCCAACAAGAACUCUGGAGCUCUGCUGGAAGAGAGCAGCACACGGCAGGAACUAGCAGCUAUCUGCUACGAAACCAAUGUGCUCGGAUUUAAAGGCCCACGCAAGAUGACCGUCAUCAUCCCUGGCAUGAACAUGAACUUCGAGCGUGUUCCUGUUCGUCCCACGAACGACCAGGAGUCUUUAUUGAGUAAAUGGCAAAAUCACUCACUGGAGAACCUAAUCGAGCUGCACAAUAAAGCUCCGGUAUGGAACGACGAUACACAGUCCUACGUGCUCAACUUCCACGGACGGGUCACACAGGCUUCUGUCAAAAACUUUCAGAUCGUCCACGAUAACGAUCCCGACUACAUCGUGAUGCAGUUUGGUCGCGUUGCUGAGGAUGUGUUCACGUUGGACUAUAACUACCCCAUGUGUGCGUUGCAGGCCUUCGCCAUCGGCCUGUCCAGUUUUGACAGCAAACUCGCUUGCGAGUGAUUCAUGCUAUUCAAAUAAUUUAUGUGUAACACACGCCACCACACACUCACUUGACUCCUUCAUUCAUUCCAUAGCUUGGAGUUUCUUAUUUUUCCUCUUAUUUUACUUUUUUUUUUUGGUCUCCAGAAACUCCAUGCUCCUUUACUUUUAGUUUGAAUUAUAUGUGUCAGCUCUGAUUACAGUGAAGAAACCUAAAGUAAGAAAAAUACAUAUCUUAAAAAAAAAAAAACCCUGCAUCAUAAGUAAGAAGCUAUCAGCAAGGUGAGAAAU